CAGAGUAUGCGUCCAUGUAUAUAAAGUCAAAACUAUAAAUUAGCCAAUACUAUUUAUGGUAUUGGGGUUAUGGUUACUCUUUGUAUAGUAGAGACAAGAAGUGGUCCAAAAGGUUUUCUUGGGUUCUGGUAUAUUCCAUUUCAUAAUAUGGGAGCUGGUUGCAUAGGUUUGUUAGGAAAAGCCGGCAGAAAGGCUUGCGGGAUGGAAGUACAAUGAUUUAGGGGCAGAGCAGAGGGGCAGAAGCUCUGGAUGGGUGACAGGAUAUGUGGUAACAAGUGACUUCAAAAGGAAGCUUAGAACUGGUAAAGAAGGGUCCUGAGAACCAUCAUUUGGCAGCCCUGAAGAGGGAAUGGUCUCCUUCCCUUGUGUUUCCAGAAAACAACACUAAUAGCACAUCUCAGUGGAACAAAACAUUGCAGACAGCUCAGCCAGCAAGCUCUUGGAGCAACAGCUGGCCAGGAGUCCCCACAACCCGGGCAGUGAGACCCUGGAUGGUCAUUAACUUGUGGGUGCCUCCAGUGGCAAGGCUGUGGCGAGGAUUAAGCUAAGUCUGACCUCACCGUAAGAAAUCAUAAUUUACUUGCAAGGACUAGUCAAAUGGGUGGCCCCGAAAACUACUCCGCUCCGGGGACCACUACCCCGACUGCAGCACCUGCAGGGACACCCUUUGGUGGCCAGUGGGCUCACGUAAGCCACAAGAACAUCAAACCAGGGUACUGACUCCUCCACUGGGCACCCAGGCGGUGUGCAAGGUUCAAUGCUUUUUCCUCAGGGCGGGGAGUGGACAAAGGAGGAGGCAGGGAUUGGUUAAUCCUGAGAAGAAGGCGGGGCCUUGACAAAGGAGGGAGGCAGGACCAGAGUCUCCCUGAGAGCCCAUUAGCUCCGCCCCCUUAGUGGGAUUCCUGCCUGGGCCUGCAACUCUGAACCGUUAGAGGCGUUUUCUUUCGUUUCCUAGUUUUCCCAGCAACCCGUGACGCAGCCAGCAUGAGGCCGACCACUGGCCAACCCGGGAGAACGGGACUAGAGCGUGACCCCCUAUCACGAGACGCCUCGCAGCUCCCCCCAGUUGGCGGCCCAGCGCUCGGUCAGGUCCUUCCCUUCGUUCCUCGUCCCAGUCCUCCAGUCCGGGAGGCGGGGUUCGGCGAGCCAGCUGAGUGGGACCCUCGCGGUGUCCGAGGAGCUAGUCGGCGACCGGUGGGCUGGCUCUUUAAGGGCGAAAUUUCGCCCAAGGAGAAUCUGACCAGCAACUCCUGAGGAAAACUGAGGCACCUGGGAUUGGCUGCACUUCGAGGGGACCAGGGAAGGCGACCUGCUCAGAUUUCAUCCUAGGCAUAGACUCUUUCCUUUCAGGGCAAGCUCCAACAUGAGGCGAGGGUACAGCACAUCCUGCUCCAGAGGCAUAGGAAGAGAACAUUGUACAUGUGCAAUUCCCACCUAAUGUGUCACUCCUGCCAAAUGCAGAGGGUAGCAGAAGCUCCAGAGCCCAUACCUGCAGGACUCAGGCAAACCUCUCUGCUGGCCACCUUGAAAAGGCUGUAGCACCUGCCCCUGAGAGAAGGAACACUGGAAUCUACAGACCAGUUUUCCAGGCCUCCCCGUUUUCCCUUUGUUACCUUUCCAGGCCUUAAGAAAACUGAAAAUAACUGUCAGCUUGAGGACGUGGACCCUGGAGUGUGAGUGCCACACUGCACCCUGAGGGCUACCGGCCCAGCGCUCACCAUGUUUGCUGCAUCAGAGGCAGGAGUGGGCAGGCCUUACACGUGCAGUGAAUGUGGCAAGAGCUUCCGCUACAGUUCAGUGCUGCUACGGCAUGAGCGCGCCCAUGGCAGUGAUAGCCAUUUGCGCUGUCUAGAGUGUGGUGAGCAUUGUGCACAGGCUGCAGACCUCCGUUCACACCGACGUGUCCAUGCCGGCCAGACCCUCUAUAUCUGCAGCGAAUGUGGCCAGAGCUUCCGCCACAGCGGCCGCCUUGACCUGCACCAGAGUGUGCACAGGCGGCGUGGCCGCUCCUGCCGCUGCCGCACUUGUGGCCGUUGCUUCCCACACCUCCCGGCCCUACUACUGCACAGGCGUCACUGGCACCCUCCCGAGCGGCCCUGCCGCUGUCCUCUGUGCCCUCGCGCCUUCCGGCAGAGCGCCCUGCGUUUCCACCAAGCACGGGCGCAUCCCUGGGGGAUACCAGCUGUGCCCACUGACACGCUCCACCACUGUACACAGUGCUCACGGGUUUUCUGCAGUGGCGUGGGACUUCGGAGGCAUUUGCGUGUCCACGUGGCCAGGAGCCCUGGUGACUCCACACUCCAGCAGCCAGCUACUCUGGACGCACACCAGUGUGGUGUGUGUGGCAAGAGCUUUGCCAAGAGUUCCACGUUAACACGACAUCUGCAGGCGCACUCAGGCGAGAAGCCUUUCAAAUGCCCUGAGUGCGGUAAGGGCUUCUUGGAGAGUGCCACGCUGGUGCGCCAUCAGCGCACGCACACAGGCGAGAAGCCCUAUGCCUGUGGUGACUGUGGGCGCCGCUUUAGCGAAAGCUCAACACUGCUACGCCAUCGUCGCAGCCACCAGGGAGAGCGACCACAUGCAUGCGCCACGUGUGGCAAGGGCUUUGGUCAGCGCUCCGACCUCAUAGUGCACCAGCGCAUCCAUACGGGCGAAAGGCCCUUCCCAUGUACUGAGUGUGGCCGCUGCUUCAGCGACCGUUCAGACCUCACUAAGCACUGGCGCACACACACAGGCGAGAAGCCUUAUCGUUGUGAGCUGUGUGGCAAGCGCUUCACAUGCGUGUCCAACCUCAACGUCCACUUGCGCAAUCACGCUGGCCACAAGCCCCACAAGUGCCCUGAAUGUGGCAAAGCCUUCAGUGUGAGCUCCAAGCUGGCCCUACACCGCAAGACACAUCUGGGUGAGCGGCCAGCAGAAUGUGCAGAGUGUGGCAAAUGCUUUAGCCACAGCCGCUCGCUGUCGCAGCACCAGCGGGCUCAUACCCGUGCUCGUGCAGCAACUACUGCUGCCACUGCCACUCAGGACAAGGCAAGCACUGCGCUCAUCUUUGCUGAGCAAGCAAGACAGGAAAAGCUGGGAUUUUCUGUGCCUAAGUUUAAAGAGACUUGCUGAGAGAUCUCCCUGGAGUGGGCUGGAUAAGCACUUAUGUAGUGCCACAGGGCUGGUGGGGGCAACUGGCAGGUGGAGGUCUGUGGAAAGACAGCAUGGCCUGUUACCUUCCUACAUCUCUGUUGAUAGCCCCUUCACCUGGCCUCUUGCUGUGCCCCUCAUCUACUUGUUAGCUCUUUGCCUGUUCUCAAUCCUUCCUUUUCCCUCUCUGGGGAAUAGGUGCAGGGGAAACCUCCCAGACCUCUCAGUGAAAGAAUGCCCAAGUAUUGGUGUGUUGCAUCCCUGCUGCUGUGCUCAUAUGUUUCCUGUUUUCCCACCAGUGUUCUGUCUUCUCCCAUCUCUUUUUUCAGCCUGAGUCUCCUCUACCUCUCCUUUCUGGGUACUUUCGGUAUCCUUCCUUUUCAGGUAAUGAUCACAGGCUUGGCCAGGGUCAAAUUCCUGUGGUCUUCUUAUCUCUGUAGUCUUCUUGCCCUGUGGUCUUCUUGCCUCUUCCUUCUACUUGACUGUUAGUCUCUUUGCAGCUUUCUCCCGUAGCUUCUGAGAGAUGGGAAACUUGCAGAGAGAUAGUGAGAGAGCUCACAUCACUGAAAGAGAUCUCCAUACCAGAAACAACCAAAGAAGUGUUUCACAUCAUGUAAAGGUGGGCAGGAGCCCUCAGCAUGGCACCUACCUGUCCUAUGGGACAGAUCUGCUGGUGUACAGAUCAAGGUGCCUCUCAGGACAAUGUUCUCCAACCAGGUGGAGGACAUUAGUCCUGGGACCUGGGCAAGACUACAUGGGUCCACAAAGCCAGGCACUGCCAACUAGAGUAAGAGAAUGAUAUAUACAAAUCAAACUUGGAGCCAUGGAGAAACUGAGCUCUACAGAGGCAACAGUGCAGGGUGGAAAAUUACCUGGAAUUGUCAGUGAUUUUUUUUGUUUGCAGGUGGUGAAAUAAAGAAUUUGUUUGGUUCCAAA